UCACCUUCAUCAUGGGUUCACUAUGUUGCGGCGGAAGCCAGGAAGGAGACAAAUUUUUGAUCAAGUAUCAGAUCUUCAUAAAGGGUGUGUGGGUGAUAGUUAUCUACUCGUUGGAAGACACCGCAAACUCUGGCCACCGAAUCGUCGAAGAUGGAUAUAAAAUCGUCGAACAGGGUGACGUGCGGUUGCCCCGUCGGCCAAAAAUUCUUAGCUUAAUUGUCUCUCUCGAUGAUGCUGCGGAGAUCGCGCCAGAUAAAAAAUUAUUUUCGUAUAAUGACCUGGCUAGGCAGUCGUCCGUCCAACAUAAAGCUAGAUUGGUGUCGACCGAAGCAGGAAAGCACUUACUGCAACUUGUCAUCGCAUCCGGCGAUAAUAUUUGUCAUGAGGCACCUUUCGAUGCAUUCCUGACGAAUGAGGAUUUAUACCAAAGGAAAAUGCAAGAAGAUAAUGAAAAAGGUGCUGAAUCGAGUAAAGUGGAACAAUUAGCUUCUCUAUUUACCUUAAAUUCAGCUUCCUCCAAUGACUCGGGACAGGAUCAACGGAAGCAGACAAAUGUUCACAAUUGGAACACUGAAGCUGAAGAAGACCUCCAUGCUUGA